AUGCCACUUUCGCACGGCGUCGCACCGGCGACGCAGGAGUGCCUUCGGUCUAGCCCGAAGAGAGCCACAGCGCAAUUGCGAAGGCUGGCGCAGGAGAAAGGUUCUCCUUCUGCUCGCCGUUUUCUGGACGAGUUGCAGCGCCUCGCCCUGCGCAUCAACAUGAUCCACCUGAACACGGUGAUGGCCUCUUUGGCAGCAGAAAAGCACUGGUCACAG